AUGAAGAUACUUGGCUACACGCCCUACCACAUGUACGAAGUGGCACUAGUGCAGGGCACACCAGGGAUGGCAGCCCUUCUGGAGGCCGUAAUCGCGGAACACAAUCGGCUAUCAGGCAUCAAACGGUUCGACAAGGGUGAUUUGGACAAGUUGACAGCCGACUAUGAUGUACGUGUCCACGUACCGAUUGCGUUCUGGAUACUCACCAUGCUACAGUGCCUUAUUGAGAUCCCGAGUUUCCUUGGCCCAGCCCUCCUCGACGAGUACGCACAGGACCCCGAGGUCAAGAUUAUCCUGACGGAGCGGGACCCCGAUCGAUGGGCCAAGUCGGUCAACGGCACGGCAGGCUUUGUCGUCAAGGCGGCCGCUUCGUUUCCGUUGAACGUGCUCAAGCAUUUCGACGAGGAAUUAGGGAUCUUUCUGGCCCUCAACACCACUGUGUACGCCGUCGUUGCUGACAGUACAAAGCCGGGCCAGCCGGGUAAUGAGGCGGCUCUCAGGAGGAAUUACGUUGAGUAG